AUGUUAAAGGGGUUUGUCAUGCUAGUGGUCUCCCAGUUCGUGCUGACGAAGGCUAUGAACUAUUGGAAUGCACCCAAUGGCGCUGGCGGUGCAACUGCUGUGAAGAACUCUUUCCCAAAAUUCGCCGAACGACCCGACCAAGACACAAUUACAAACGCGACUUAUUUUCCCGUCAAGGCUGUGCCGAUGUGGGAACCAGACAGCAAACUAGACAUUGCGAUACACGUUACGCCGUCUACUACAUUCCCCCUCCCAAAGGAUAGCAAGGUACUAGAUGAGAAGGGAUUCGAUACUGCAGACACAAAGGAGCUUCGAGAAAUAAGUACCACUCUGUUCAUCCCAAAGGCAGUGCAGAAUAAUGAGACCCUCUGGGCUCACUUUUUUGUUGCGCUUUCGGGACAUCCGCAGUACUCGAAUGAGGAAGGCUAUAGCUCUGACACAGCGUAUAACUUUUCUCACCCAGUUAACCAGUAUCUACCAAAAAAGAAAACCAAAAAGCUCCGGAACCUAUUGGAUGCAGCUAAUGAGACUGAAGUGGUUGAAGAAGAGCCGAAAUUAGUGAAGAUUGGCUCGUUUUAUCACCCAAAUCUCACUGUAUCUCUCGUUCCUGACCAGGGGGCUAUAAGUUUCCAGUCCACUCAUCCCUCUAUUCGCCGGUUCCUUCAGUUGGAACGGACCGGUGCCAGAGAUGGCUCCGGGGAGGUAGGCUGGUAUUAUCCAACUUUCUUCUUCAAUCGUUUCUGGCAGCUUAGAAACCAUAUGACAGAGCUCAACUCCACUGUCAACGAAGUUCCACUGCGCAUCACCUUGAACACCGUCAAGCAAUGGCAGUUUGCUAUAAUGUCUAGCAUUGAGGAUGAUUCCAAGCAGAAGCAGCACCAGGCGGCCUUUGGGGGCCCAAUCCCACCUACGUCGGGUGAUGGGAGCGAAGUUGAGAUGAUUAAGGAAGUGCUUUUGGAUACCAACAUUUAUCUUCUUAUCACCACCGGUGUUGUUGGUGUUUUGCAUACGAUCUUCGAGUUCCUCGCUUUCAAGAAUGAUAUUUCCCACUGGAGGAAGAAGAAGGACGUCGUUGGAACUUCUGUCCGUACAAUCAUUGCAAAUGUCUUCAUGCAGCUGAUCAUUUUCUUGUACCUGCUUGACAAUAAUGAGAAUACAUCAUGGAUGAUCCUCGGCGGUCAAGGCUUUGGUAUAGUCGUUGAAGCUUGGAAAAUCACAAAGUCGGCUAAUGUCCGCAUUCGUCCCCCGCCAGCUAACUCAUAUCUCUCAUUCCUCCCAUAUAUCAUUGUUCUCGAGGACAAACACAAGCUUAGUGAGACCGAGAAGAAAACUCAAGAGUACGAUGAAAUAGCAUUCAAAUGGUUGUACAUUGCGGCCGUUCCGUUAUUGAUCGGCUACGCCAUAUACAGCCUGCUGUAUGAAACCCACAAAUCAUGGUACUCCUAUAUUAUUGAGACGCUUGUUGGUAGUGUCUAUGCCUAUGGCUUCCUCAUGAUGGUCCCAAGCCUGUAUAUCAACUAUCGUCUCAAGUCCGUUGCACAUAUGCCUGGGAAAGCGCUCACUUACAAGUUUUUGAACACAUUCAUCGAUGACUUAUUUGCAUUCACCAUCAAGAUGCCAACACUGCAUCGACUUGCAACCCUUCGAGAUGACGUUAUCUUCUUCAUCUGGCUCUAUCAAAGCUGGAAGUAUAAAGUUGACUACACACGAGUCAACGAAUUUGGCCAAGGAGGAGAUGACGACGAAGAAGAGGAGAAGGUGCAAGCUACUCGGAAGAGCGAGGAGAAUACCUCCGGUGGCGAUUCGAAGACAGUAGAACCGUCCGUUCCCGCAGUCAAAGCGGGUGAGAGCGAGGCUUCUUCUUCUGCAAAGGCGUCAUCAAAGGGGUCUAUGCGGAAAAGGAAGUAG